AUGGCGGCUUGGUGCAUCUUAUCCCUGGCGGUAGAGACUGCAUUCCUCUCUAUGGUCCUCCUUCGCGUCUCGCAGGCCCAGACUUUUUCCUUUCCUUUCCGGCAGCCCGAGAUGUGCGGUCACAACGAGUACUUCGAUAUCUCCGCACUCUCCUGUGUCCCUUGUGGAGCCAACCAGAAGCGGGACGCCCGAGGAACUUCUUGUGUAUGUCUACCAGGAUUUCAGAUGAUAUCUAAUAAUGGAGGGCCUAGUAUUACUUGUAAAAAGUGCCCAGAAACCAUGAAUGGUGUUACUGAAGAUGGCUGGAACUGCAUUACUUGCCCUCAUGGUUUAACUGGAGAAGGAAAAUGCCGUUGUCCCACUGGCCAUAUUUUAGUGGAAAGAGAUACUAAUGGAACAUUGUUCUCUCAUGCAACUUGUAAGCUGUGUGCUGAAAAUUCUUUUACUAUAGCAAAUGCUUUAGAAAACAGGUGCGUCCGAUGUGAACCAACAUUCAUUAAUACCAGCAGGUCCUGUACAUGUCUGAAACCUAACAUUUUAACAGGAGGAUUAUGUUUCAGCAACACAGUGAAUUUUCCUCCACGUAUGAUUUCAACUGCCCGUUAUGGAGAGCUUGGCAUGUCUUUCACUUCAGAAUGGUUCACAAAGUAUUUGCAAUCAUCAGCAACUGCUUGUUGGGUGUAUGCCAAUCUAACAUCUUGCCAAGCUCUUGGAAAUAUGUGUGUGAUGAAUAUGAACUCUUAUGACCCUAACACUUUCGAUGCAUGUCAGCUAUUUCACUAUAUCUUUGAAAAUACUGCUGGAUUACAUACUAUGUACUCUAUUUCAUUUUGGAGACAGACUCUUCCAUGGCUAUCCUAUGGAGACCAAGUAGGAUUAGCACCUCAAGUACUCAGUACCAUACCUUUUCCAACAAAUUUCAGUUUUAAAGGGGAAAACCAGAACACAAAACUGAAGUUUGUUGCUGCUUCCUAUGAUGUAAGAGGACAUUUUCUCAAGUGGCAAACUUUAGAAGGUGGUGUUUUACAGCUAUGUCCAGAUACAGAGACAAGACUAAAUGCUGCUUAUUCUUUUGGAACAACUUAUCAACAAAAUUGUGAAAUUUCUAUCUCUAAGAUCUUAACUGACUUUCCCACUCCUAUAUUUUAUGAUGUGUACUUUGAAUACACUAAUGAAAAUCAACAACAAUAUAUUUGGGCUGUGCCUGUAUUAAAUCUAAAGCUUCAACGUAGUCACGUAUUUGUGAACCAAGACAGUAAUUCUGACAAAUGGCUUCUGACUCGACGCAUUUUCUUAGUGGAUGCCCUAAGUGGACGACAAAAUGACUUAGGAAGUCGGCCAAGAGUAAUUCGAGUUGCGACCCAAAUAUCACUGAGCAUCCACCUUGUACCAAACACAAAAAGUGGAAACAUCUACCCUCCUUUACUAACCAUUUCCUAUAGUGAUAUUGAUAUUAAGGAUCCUGACAGCCAGUCUGUGAAGGUUUCUUUCUCAGUCAAAUAUGAAAUGAACCAAAGAGAAGCGUUUGUCCAGACAGAUAUUGCUUUGGGGGUGCUAGGUGGGCUAGCUGUUUUAUCAUCUCUUUUGAGGACAGCAGGGUGGAAGAGGCGCAUUGGGAGUCCUUUGAUUGAUCUACAGACAGUUUUGAAAUUCUUGAUAUAUUAUGCUGGUGAUCUGGCUAAUGUUUUCUUCAUCAUCACAGUGGGAACAGGACUUUAUUGGCUGAUUUUCUUCAAAGCACAGAAGUCUGUCUCUGUUUUUCUACCAAUGCCAUUUCAGGAAGAACGUUUUGUUACUUAUGUGGGAUGUGCUUUUGCUCUGAAGGCUCUGCAAUAUUUGCAUAAACUCAUAUCCCAAAUUACCAUUGAUAUAUUCUUUAUUGACUGGGAACGACCUAAAGGAAAAGUUCUUAAAGCUGUUGAAGGUGAGGGUGGUGUUCGAAGUGCUACCGUUCCUGUAAGUAUAUGGAGAACUUAUUUUGUAGCAAAGGAAUGGAAUGAAAUUCAGACUGUGAGAAAAAUCAAUCCACUCUUUCAAGUACUUACUGUCCUCUUCCUCUUGGAGGUUGUAGGUUUCAAGUACUUAGCAUUAAUGGACGCAUCAAGCAGUCUUUCCAGAAGCCCAGUGAGCUAUAUAGCUCCAUAUAGCCGCAUUCUGAGAUACGCAGUAUCUACUGCUCUCUGGUUAGCCAUUGGAUUUAUGCAGAUCAUGUUUUUUGCUGUGUUUUAUGAGAGAUUUAUAGAAGAUAAAAUUCGGCAAUUUGUUGAUUUAUGCUGUAUGAGCAAUAUAUCAGUGUUUCUGUUAUCCCACAAAUGCUUUGGGUAUUAUAUUCAUGGUAGAUCGGUACAUGGGCAUGCAGAUACUAAUAUGGAAGAAAUGAAUAUGAAUCUUAAAAGAGAAGCGGAAAACUUGUGUAGCCAGAGAGGUUUGGUACCCAACACAGAUGGCCAGACUUUUCAGAUUGCAAUUUCUAGCCAGAUGAGACAACACUAUGACAGAAUUCAUGAAACACUAACAAGGAACAAUGGCCCUGCUAGACUAUUGAGUUCAUCAGCAAGUACUUUUGAGCAGAGCAUAAAAGCAUAUCACACUAUGAAUAAAUUUCUCGGAUCUUUCAUCGAUCAUGUUCAUAAGGAAAUGGACUACUUUAUAAAAGAUAAGUUGCUUCUUGAAAGAAUUCUUGGAAUGGAAUUUAUGGAACCAAUGGAAAAAAGCAUCUUUUACAAUGAUGAAGGUUAUUCUUUCAGCAGUGUUCUGUAUUAUGGAAAUGAAGCCACUCUUCUUAUUUUUGACCUGUUGUUCUUCUGUGUUGUGGAUUUGGCUUGCCAAAGUUUUAUUUUAGCAGCUUGUCUCACAUACCUCCAACAAGAGAUUUUCAGAUUUAUCCGGAAUACAAUAGGGCAGAAGAAUUUGGCAUCUAAAACAUUGGUGGAUCAAAGAUUUCUGAUUUAAUUUGUUGAGUAACUUAAAAGUUGCCAUAUUAUCAUGGCAAAAGAAAAUGUCAUGAUUAACAGGUUAGUUUGCAUUAUUUUUUGAAAAUUGUUUUCUUUUUUAUUAUAC